GUUCCCUGGAUUAGAGGGAGGAGUGGCUUCCAGGUGGGCUGAGAAUAAGUGAGUCUUAAUAGUUAAUUAUAAUUAUAGUUAUGGGGAAGAAACAUAAAAAGCAUAAAGCGGAAUGGAGAUCAACAUCUGCCCCAAGUGUCACUGCUUCUGGAACCGGCGCUACUGCUUACGAUGAUUAUCUGGACAAACCUUUGGAAAAGCCAUUGAAACUGGUGCUGAAAGUUGGAGGUAGUGAAGUGACUGAACUUUCAGGAUCAGGACAUGAUUCCAGUUAUUAUGAUGACCGAUCAGAUCAUGAGAGAGAGCGACAUAAGGAAAAGAAAAAGAAAAAGAAAAAAAAAUCGGAGAAAGAAAAGCAUCUUGAUGAUGAGGAAAGGCGGAAGAGAAAGGAAGAGAAGAAAAGAAAGAGAGAGAAGGAACAUUGUGAUACUGAAGGUGAAAUGGAUGACUUUGAUCCAGGAAAAAAAGUGGAAGUUGAUCCACCUUCUGAUCGUCCAGUCCGGGCCUGUAGAACUCAACCUACAGAAAAUGAGAGCACUCCUAUUCAGCAAUUAUUGGAACAUUUCCUUCGUCAGUUACAAAGGAAGGAUCCUCAUGGUUUUUUUGCUUUUCCAGUCACGGAUGCUAUUGCUCCUGGCUAUUCCAUGAUAAUAAAACAUCCUAUGGAUUUUGCUACCAUGAAAGAAAAAAUUGCAGCAAAUGAGUACAAAUCAGUAACAGAAUUCAAGGCAGAUUUUAAACUGAUGUGUGACAAUGCAAUGACUUACAACAGACCAGAUACCGUGUAUUACAAAUUGGCUAAAAAGAUUCUCCAUGCUGGCUUUAAGAUGAUGAGCAAAGAACGGCUGUUAGCUUUGAAGCGCAGCAUGUCGUUUAUGCAGGACAUGGAUUUUUCUCAGCAGGCAGCUCUUUUGGGCGAUGAAGAUCCAGCUGUUGAAGAUCCAGUGCCCGAAGUUGUUCCUGUGCAUGUAGAGACUACCAAGAAAUCCAAAAAGCCAAGUAAAGAAGUUAUUAGCUGUAUAUUUGAACCAGAAGGAAAUGCAUGCAGUCUGACAGACAGCACAGCUGAAGAACAUGUCCUGGCCUUGGUAGAGCACGCAGCAGAUGAAGCACGGGAUCGAAUCAACCAGUGUCUCCCAAAAAGCAAGAUAGGUUACCUGAAAAAGAAUACUGAUGGAUCUUUGAUCUUCAAUGUACUCAAUCCAUCAGAUCCUGAAACAGAAGAGGAGGAAAGCCAUCCAGUGGAUCUGAGCUCUCUAUCUAGCAAAUUAUUACCAGGUUUUACAGCAUUAGGUUUCAAAGAUGAAAGAAGGCACAAAGUUACAUUUCUUUCAAGUGCUAAUACAGUGGUUUCAAUGCAAAACCACUCUAUCUUUCAUGAUCUGAAAAUGGAUGAAAUGGAGCUGCUAUAUUCAGCAUAUGGAGAUGAGACUGGGAUUCAGUGUGCUUUAAGUCUUCAAGAAUUUGUGAAAGACUCUGGAAGCUAUAGUAAAAAAAUAGUAGAUGAUUUGCUGGAUCAGAUCACUGGUGGAGAUCAUUCCAAGUCUAUUUAUCAACUAAAACAGAGAAGAAACAUUCCAAUGAAGCCACCAGAUGAUCUCAAAGUUCCGUCAGUCCUCAUAAAAGAAGAACAUAAGUUAUGUAAUACUUGCCCAGAUGACUCCAAGCAAAAUAUGAUUGGAGAAGCCAUUGGAGAUAAUAAUAAUAGUUCUGUUUUGGACUUUUUAUCUAUGAAAACCUAUUCAGAUAUGUCACUUGAUAUAUCUAUGCUGAGUUCAUUAGGUAAAGUAAAGAAAGAAGUUGAUCAUGAUGACAAUCAUUUACACUUGGAUGAAACAACUAAAUUAUUACAGGACCUCCAUGAGGUACAGACUGACAGAAUAGGAUCCAGGCCUUCCUCCAACCUCAGUUCCCUCUCUAAUGCUUCUGAAAGGGAACAACAUCACCUAGGAAGCCCAUCUCAUCUAAGUAUAGGAGAGCAGCAAGAUAUGGUCCAUGACCCCUAUGAAUUUCUUCAAUCUCCAGAAUCUACAAAUACCAAUAAUUAAUCUCAGAUAUUCUGUACAUAUUAACUGUAUAACAGUUAAUAGAAUCCCAUGAAACAGUACACAUUUCAACCCCAACUUUCAAAAAAGAAUUAAUGUUUAGUAACAUGUAUACAUUUUACUUGGAUAAAAAACGUCAUGGUAUUGGUACCACCAGAAACUAUAUUUUAGCAGUAUGUGCAAUGGACAUUGCUGAAGGAGUUACAAAUUAUGUACUUUGAAAAGAAAAACUUGUUUAAUUUUAUAAAAAAAUGGCUAACUAGCUGUUUAUCAUGCUUUUUGAUUGUUACGCAUACUUGGUGUACAAGUGUGUCUAUGUAAAAUUUUGUUAGGAUAAAUUUAUUUUAUUUGUAAUAUAAGUUUUAGACAUAGGAUAGUUUUCAUAUUUGCCCUCCUAUCAGUUGUCAAGAUGGCCUGAUGAAAAGAAAGGUAUUGACUCUUCAUUGGGAAUUUUUAAAAUUAAGUGUUUGAAAUUUGAUAUUGAAUGAUUUUUAAACAUUAUGUGGAAACUAGAAUAAUACAUUCAAUAUUAACAAUAUUCCAAAUAUUAAUAAAUGUAUACUUGUGUUCUGAAGUUUCCAGUUGAUAAUUUGUCAGCUAGUUCAUAAUUUGUCAUCUUGAGUUAAUUAUGAUGUGCUAUAUAUGCAUCACUUUAAUAUUGUAGUUUUAAGAUUCCUAUAGCAGGGAUUGCAAACGUGACCCAAGAGCUGCAUGCGGGCUGCUGAAUUCUUUUGUGUAGCCUACAUUAACUCAUCAUGAAGUAUUGUUUGCUUCUCCUCUUCUUUUUUUUGUCCUGGAAGGCCCCAGCUUUCUACCAUUGUCUGGCUUUGCAGGAUUUCUUUCUGCGGGUUGGCGCAGCAUUUUUGUAAGACUAAUUCUUAUGUGCAGCUAUGAUGGCACUAAUGAUGAUUCUAAAUAUUGGUUAGGGUAACCAUGAAGAGCCAGAGAGUGCAUGUCAAUGCAGUAUGUUUGUACACAGAACAACAUAGUGGCUGAGGUAUGCAACAAUAUGCCGGUUAAAUGGAGAAGAUCAAA